ACUAGCAUAAUAGAUGAUGGCUUGAAAAAAGUUCCUUAAUAUCAAAUAGUCAAACUUACCUAACUCCACAAAAGUAAUGCACAUUGCUGAUACGCGUUCCAUUCCUGUGCACUUGUUAAACAUGUGGACAACGUGUUCUUACACCUUAACCAUUAACCAAAAGCCCAAAUAUAAACAUGCCUGCGUUACUGCAAUAAUAUCAUAAUAUCUGACUGGCUUGGAAGAAUUCAGGUCAUAUACACACAUACAGUUUGUGUCCACCAUUAGCCCUUACUCAUGGAGGAAGAGACAGAUCAACAUGACAUUCACCCAAGUACAUCUCAUAAGAGACCACAAAUUUUAUCUAAGUUGAUUACGCAGUCGAAUUAUUCUCGGCUAUGGAAAAUAUAUGAAAGGAAAUCACCUAUUAGCUGGAUAAUCUUAUUCCUUAGCAUCUUUGCCAUGAUGACAGCUUUUCCAGCUUCCAGCCUUCUCUCUCGGCUUUACUAUGUUGAUGGUGCAAAGAGCAGGUGGCUGCUCUCAUGGAUAGCAGUAGCAGGCUGGCCUCUAACUGCUGUAUUUCUAUUUCCAUUUUAUUUUCAAAAAGGAAUAUCACCUACACCACUUAGCUGGAAACUUGUCAUUUCAUAUGCAGUACUCGGAUUCUUGAGCGCUGCUGACAACCUGAUGUAUGCAUGGGCUUACUCGUAUUUACCAGCAUCAACAUCUUCUCUUCUUGCUUCAUCCUCACUCGCAUUUACAGCAGUCUUUGCUUAUUUUAUUGUUGGAAAAAGAUUGAAUGCUUCCACUUUCAAUGCAAUUGCAAUUAUAACUGCAGCUGCGGUGAUUAUAGGCCUAGACUCAGAUUCUGAUAGGCCUGCAGGUGUAAGUGAUGGUCAAUAUGCUGCUGGCUACAUCUGGGAUAUUUUGGGUUCUGCCUUGCAUGGCCUAAUUUUUGCAUUAGCGGAGCUUUUGUUUAUUAAGUUAUUAGGAAGGAAAUCGUUCCAUGUUGUCCUAGAGCAACAGGUGAUGGUUUCAUUAUUUGGCUGUAUUUUUACCACAAUUGGAGUAAUAAUAAAUGGUGAUUUUACAGCUAUGAAUUCAGAGGCAGAUGCAUUCAAACAUGGGCCAGUAUCUUAUUACAUGGUACUUUUCUGGGGAGCUGUAACUUUUCAGCUUGGAAUAUUAGGAAGUGUGGCAGUGCUUUACGUCACAUCAACACUACUGGCUGGGGUGCUUAAUGCAGUACGAGUUCCUAUUACUAGCCUUGCUGCUGUUGUAUGCUUUCAUGACUCUAUGGGUGGCUAUAAAAUUCUUUCUUUAGUCCUCACAAUUUGGGGUUUUGGUUCAUACAUUUAUGGUUCUUCUUCAGAAGUCAAAAUUGAGCAUAACUCUACUGACUUGACAGCCAACAGGAAAAAUCUUGAAGAAGAGUCUGUAGUUUAAAGCAUGGCAUUCAAGCUUAACAAAUUCCCUUCCCUUUGCAUGGGAUAAAUAGUUACCAAAUUGGAAGGCUACGCUAUGAUAAGUUUUGAAAAACUAAGAUACAUAAGACUUUGAGUUUCCCUCUUCAAUUGGAAUAUUUGUAUGGUGCCAUAAAAUCACACGAUUUGCCACAGGAUUGCACUUAGUGGUUGUGGAAACAAUAUGCAAAAGAGGCCUUGGUCACCAGGCAAAAUAUUGGACUCCACACUAAUACAAAUAAAGGAAUCCUUCCAACAGGUAGAGCUAAGGUAAGAAUUGAGUUGAUGAAAAGGUCUCAAUAAGUUGAGAUGAGUAAAGAAAUGCAUUUCCUUGCAAUAUAAAAAAUGCCUCAUCAGGUCAAAAUAAUUUUAAACAGUACGAGUUUAAACAAGGAGGUUGAGGUAAUUUUGGUUGAUAAUAAGAUUGUAUAAUUGCAUAAUUCUGUGUAUUAUAUUUCAUUUGAGAAUAAUAUAUGUGCUCUAGUUUGGGGUCCUAAACUCAAUAAA